AUAUGUUUGUCCGGAUUCCCGGUCGCGCCCUUCGGACGCUCUUUGUACUAUGGCUUCCACGACCCAGAUUUCCGAAUGCCUUGCUGCGACACUGAGCCCGAAUGCCAACGAGCGGAUGUCCGCAGAGCUCAAGCUCAUCGAGUAUUUCUCACAGCCAGGGACAUCUCUGGCUUUAUCAGAGCUCAUCGCAUCUCCAAAUGUCGACAUGCCACUACGCCAGUCUGCAAGCAUCGUCUUGAGGAAGUAUGUGAGAGAGAGGUGGUCGCCGUUCUUCCAGGGAUUUAAGGGAGCGGCGCCUCCCCCAGAGAUCAAAAGCCGAGUGCGACAAGCUGUAUUCCAAGGCCUUUCAGACCCCAAUCGAAAAAUUCGGUCUCUUUGUGCCCACACUCUGACAUCCAUUGCCAACUCCGAUUGGCCUGAUGAAUAUCCCGAGCUCUUGAAUGACUUGAUCAACCUGCUAUCUUCAGGGUCUCCAGGCUCUGUUCACGGAGCCAUGCAAGUCUUUACUGAGUUCAUCAAGGCAGAUUUGACAGAAGAUCAAAUAUUACCAGUUUUACGAGACUUACUGCCCUCUCUGCUCUCAAUCUUGGGUGCCACUGAACAACAUUUGCCUUUGACGCGCGCUAGGACGAUUUCAGUGUUUCGCCAAUGCACAAUAUCAUUGUUCAUGGUGAAGGACCAAUACCCUCAGGCAGUGAAAGAAGCCAUUGCCUCGGUUCUUCCUGUGUGGCUUGAAGCAUUUAAAGUUCUCUUGAACAUGGAUCCUCAACACGACGCGAACAGCUCCAACUGGGAUGGUCUUGCUAUUCGUAUCCAAAUCUUCAAGACCCUCGAAACCAUCCACACGAGUUUCCCUAGAGCUCUGGUGCCCUACUUUGGCGAUCUUCUUAACACUUCUAUCAAUCAUUUAAACUUACUAUAUCCAACGUUUGAUCGAUAUUAUCUCACGUCCAGCGAGCCUAUUCCUUCGUCCUCUGAAGAUGAUCCGGUGCAUCUGUCUCACCUUAUCAGCUCUAUCCUAGAUUUCGUUGCUACUGUUAUACGAGGAGGAAAAGCCAAGCAGUGGUUCACACCUGAACACUCGACUGCUUUAAUCGCCGCAGUUUUCAAUUAUGCGCAAAUGACCGAUGAAGACGAAGACACUUGGGGAUCCAAUGCUAAUACAUUCGUAGCACAAGAGGAUGACGAAACUCAGGAUUACAGCGUCCGAGUUGCUGGAUUUGAUCUGCUGGGAGCAAUCAUUGACCGAGCCACGGUUCAAAUCAUCGCAACUUUCCAUACUGUUAUACAACAAGUAAUACAAUCGUCGGGACAGGCACGCAAUGGCGGCAAAGAAGACUGGUGGCGGCCACUAGAGGCUGGCCUAGCUGCUAUUGGUUCACAAGCCGAGUCUAUCCAAGACUGUCUUGAAGAUGAAGAUGACUCGGGACGACCCAAACCUAUUGACAUUGAGAACCUACUCCGGGAUGUGAUUCCCUCAGUUCUAGGUCUUUCCGAAUUCCCUUUCUUGCAAGGUCGUGGUUUCGUCUUUGCAAGCCAAUAUGCCAAGCUGUUGCCUAUACAGUUAGCGGGCCAAUAUAUCAAUGCGGCUGUUCAGGUAAUCGAGUCAAAUGAAGGCAGUAUCCCUGUAAAAAUAUCAGCGGUCAGAGCGGUCCACAACUUCUGUAAUGGCACGGAUGACGCGGCAUUGACGCCUUUCAUGUCCCGUAUUGCCAAAGAUAUGGGUCCGUUCCUGCUGCACACAUCCGAGGACACUCUCUCCCUUGUUCUCGAAACUUUAUCUGUCAUCGUCGGCGUAGAUGAAGGUAAAUGGAUGACUCCAGAGUUGGCAGACUCCCUGGUUCUGGCCAUUCUGGAAGUGUGGGCUAAGAAUAACAAAGAUCCUAUCCUUCUGUCGAUCUUCCCUGAUAUUCUGGAGUCAUUGGCAUCGGCUUCUGCGCCAGCCAUCUACGAGGUGGUCGUAAAGCAGGCGCUUCCUUCGUUAUGUAACUCUAUAUCGUCUGCGUCAAUUGACGAGUCCUGGAUCACCAGUUCGGCCAUUGACCUUGUCAACAGUCUCAUCAAUGGUUCGAAAAAUGGACUCGGUGACGGAUUCUUUGCUCUUCUUGCUCCUCACCUAUUCAAAUGCCUUGGCGAGGCAGAAGACCGGGAUGUGUUACAGAAUGGAAUCAUUUGCCUAACACUUAUUGUCCGGAAAGACUGUAAACAGUUAUUGUCAUGGUCCGACAAUAAUGGGCGUUCGGGCUUAGAUUAUGUAUUAACCCUUGUUGCGAAAGUGCUACAGGGCGAGGAUGAAUCUGCCGGCCUAACAAUUGGUGAUCUGAUCAUCCAUUUACUCCGGAGAGCAGGCGAUGCUGUUCUUCCGGUGCUACCUGACCUCCUCCAAGCUAUGGUGAACCGUAUGGUCACAGCCAAAACAGCGUCCUUUGUCCAGAGUCUUGUCAUCCCGUUUGCAUUUUUGAUAACACAUCAGCGGGAUACAGUGUUGUCUUUGCUUGAAUCGACAAACGCACAAGGCCGUUCGGGUUUGGAGGUCUUAAUUCAUACAUGGUGUGAAAAUGCGGAAACAUUUCAGGGUUUCUGGCCGUCACGGAUCAGCACCAUGGCCCUUUCGCAACUUUUCGUCUGUGAAAGGCCGUCGCUUCAGAAUCUCAUGGUGAAGGGCGACCUUAUCGUUAAACCGGAAACAAGAAAUGUCAUCAUGACACGAUCACGUACAAGGACGAGUGCGCGCAUUCUCCCUUCCUCCAUCAGGACGAAUGCUAGUAAACAUUCUGCUGACUCGUCUCCUUCCGCAGCGCCCACCGAGUUCACAUCCAUCGCUUUCCCGGUCAAAGCACUCAAAAUUUUGAUUCACGACCUUCAAUCCAGCGGCGAAUCAGCUACGUUUGCUGCCUCUGGCGGCAACCUACCAGAUGCCGACGAUGACGAUGGUGACGAGGACUGGAGUGAUCAAGGGGAUGGCAGCAAAAGGGACGCCGAGCUGCAAUAUCUGUCAGAUCUCAUCGGACCCAAGGGAUUGGCUUUCGACAAUGAUGAUAUUUUCGAGGAUAAUGACGAUGAAGAUCUGAAAACUGAUCCAAUAUCGCAGAUGGAUAUGCAGGAACAUCUCACCUCAUUCCUGCGAGAAUGCGCUUCCAGGAACACGUCCAAUUUUUCUACGCUAGUAGAACAAUUAAGCGCGGAGGAAAUGGCAGUAGUUCAGGCUGUUGUCUCCCAGCAAUGGAUCCCCAAUAGCAGCUAACGUAGAUCUACCGAGUUUGUUUAAAAUAAUGCCUCUAUGUAUUCAUGACCAUGAUGAUGAACGAUAUGCG